GCCACCGAUGUGAAUUGAUCAGACUUCGAGAGACACUCGCUGAACAAUUUGUCAAUUACAUGCUUCAUACUUUCGCGCCGUAGCCUUUGUAACUAAAUGUACUAUUUAUUGAGAUUAUUUUACAUUGGUAAACCAAAGCCACAAACAAAAUGGAUUCUUCAUGUUUACUGUGAGGGUUUCUAUGUACUAUGUAACCCUAUUAAAAACGGCAUUGCAAAAAGGACUUUAAGUCAUAUUAUUCAUGGUUUAGUAAGCUCACGGAUACCAUUUGAUCUAUCCCAUGUUUGGCUCUGAAUAGCAUUCUGCUAAGUCAUUCUGGAGAGCAUGGUGCUAUUGACUGACUGAUUCCACUGCUCUCUCUUCACUCCUCUCCUGUCCUCUACGGUCUCUGGGAACUCUCUCUCCAAACUCUCAGGACGUCUAUGACAGGGUGGAGCUGAGACAAAGGCGCUCCUCCAGCACAGGCUUCAAUGACUCUCCCACCUACAGCCGCCAGGGCAUGUCUCCCACCGUGUCCACUUCCUGCUCCCCACAGCACUGCUUCCGCCCCGGUGAUUCAAACUACUCGGCCACUAAGAGUAAAACCAGCGACAACAUCCUCCAGACUUCCCAGUUUGUCGACUCGUACUCUCCUGACCACGACCACCAGCAGUCUAACUACUACCCCUACACUCCCUCUCCCAGAGCUACUCGUGCCCGGAGGUUUUCCUCAGGUGGAGAGGAGGAUGGGUGGAAUCAAGGUCUUAACAGACUCCAAGGUGGUAUAGGCCGUAUGAUUCUGAAGGAGGAGAUGAAAGCCAGGUCUGGUUCCUAUGACAAUGACCCGUGGAGCAGCGCACGGAACUCCCGCACCAACUCCCGCAGUGGCAGCAAAGAGGCCCUGCACAAUGUGGGCUACGGCAACACUGUCAACGGAUCUCCCACCAGAUCCCACUACAGUACAGACAGUGACUCCUUCAUCUCCAAGUCAGCCUCGUUGCCAGGCUAUGGCAGGAACGGACUGCACAGGCCCCAGAGUGCAGAUUAUUUCCAGUACGACAGCAGCAGUGCAGUUAACUGGGGAAUCCGAGAAUACAAAAUCUACCCAUAUGAUGUGUUGGUGGUCACCAUAAGGAGGCAGAACCAGCCCCCCAUCGACGUGGACAGAGCCAGGCUAGAGCGCCACCUGUCUCCUGAGGACUUCUACCGGGUGUUUAGGAUGACUAUGCCUGAUUUUGACCGGCUGGCACUGUGGAAGAGAAACGAGCUCAAGAAACAAGUCCGACUGUUCUGAAAGGAUCAGACUGUAGAAGCUCAGUAUAGCAGCCUGCUGGGCUUAACGUUAGAGGGGCCUGAGUCCUCACUGAGAGCCAUAAUAACCCGUCUGGGUAGUCCUCGAUCCCAUCAGGUCAGAGUCACAGCAGAACCCGAACUAAAACCAGCUUGGGUUCUAGCCAUAGAAAUAUAAUGAGUUGUAAUGAUAAAGUUCUGUUGUUCCAGGACAUCCUCUGGGCCAGAGACAUCCAGUCAGCCUGAGUCUAUACAUCAAUAAUAUAUCUCUGGAGAAAGAGGAGUAACAGGCUCCUCCCCCUGAGCCAUGUCUGUUUGUGGGAGAACUAGACCAGGCUAGUUCUGCCUAUGCUUUCAGUAUUAUGUGUUUGCUUUAUUAGGGGGAGUUUAACUAUAGUUCAAUGGCUGUCAUGUCAUGAGGUUAUAGCAGAUUUGAACCCUUUUCAGGUUGCAGGUUUAGAGCUCUGAGACAUUAUCUUAUGAUCAAGCAGGAAAGAGAACACCAGCAAACUGUCCAAACAGAAUGUUCUACCAGAUCAACUCUGUCCUUGCUUUCUUUACUCUAAAUAUAUUGUUUCAUUCAGACUUUUAUUUAUUUAUUUUUUACAUUGAGACUAAAACGUUGUAUUUCUUAAUAGAGCAAGGGUCCCCCACGGAGUGAAAGGCUAGAUCGAUAUAUUGUGGUAGUACAGUUUAAGAAAAUGUGUGGAUCAUUGUGUGUUUACUGAAAAACCAAAGUAAUACAACUAUAUUAAG